CCUCGCUCCCUCCUUACAGUUCCUCACGGCUCCCGGCCCGCUGUGCUCCCGCUGCCCUCGUGCCUUUCGCUCCUUGUCGGCAGGGCCGUCGGAUACGCCGCUUCCCCCCCGCGGGUUCGGAGAGUGGUGCGGCCCCGUUGCCAUGGAGGCUGUGGCGUCGGAAAGGCGGGGGGAGCAUGGCUGAGCUGGUUCGGCUGGAGGAGAGGCUCUCGCGGCUGCGGGAGGAGUAUUUCCGUAAGAACAGAUCUGUGGAUGAAGAAAGAAAAAUAGUGUACAAAGCUGCUGUCAAGAUUCAGAGCUGGUUUCGAGGAUGCAGAGUCCGAGCCUAUCUGAGAUAUCUGAGCAAAAUGGUGAUUCUUAUACAGAAAUGGUGGAGAGGUUAUCAAAGCAGAAGAUACUUCAGAGAAGAGACUAAGACAGCAUAUUUUAUUAUGAAGAUGAAUUUCUACAAUGAAAUGGCUGUCAGGAUUCAGAAAACAUGGAGAGGAUAUUAUGUCCGAAAAUAUACCCAUAAUUACUAUGCACUGAAGAAGUACCUGGAAGCCAUUUCUCUUAACAAUGAAAUUGUCAGGAACGAACUCCAAGAGUAUGCAGAAAUGAAUGAAAUGGAAAAGAAGAAGAAAGACCUAGAGAAGAAAGAAAAGGAAAAGAAAUACAAAGCCCGAAAGAUGCAUUACCUCCUUAGCACAGUGCAGAUUCCAGGCAUAUACAAUUCGCCGUUCAGAAAAUCCCCGGAUCCAAUGGAACUGCUGCUCCAGCAGUCAAAGCCUUUCAGCCACAGCCAGCAGCGAGUAAAGAGUCCCUUCACAUAUGAUUUGUAUGACUGGCCAACUUGUAAAAGACCUCCAACUUUCCCCACAGGAAAGCCUCUGCCACCUAUUGGCAGACAGAAACCUCAGGGGCCUUUCCGAGACACUGAUGAAGUAUUGCGGCAGCGCUACAAGCCUUUGGAGCCAACCUUGCGAGUGGCAGCAUCAUUCAGUUCACCACUAGAGAAGGCCAGAGAGGAAAUGAAAAAGGAGGAAUGGGGAAAAUAUAUACAUGAGAAUGAAUUUUUGCCAUUUUCUUCGUAUCAUAGAAAUAAGAAAUAUGAACUGUCAAUUCAUGCAUCAGAAAAAAAAGGCAAUGAAACUUAUGGAGUUAAGCAUUUCCGAGAGGUGCAGCCUAAUAAGUGGAUAGCAGGAAAGGACUUUCAAACUGUGUUACCAUCGAUUCUUCUCUUCGAGAAGUUUGGGAAAACUUACUCAAAAGCUGGGCAAAUAGUGUAAUCAUUCUGUAAACUAUGCAAUGUAAGACACUUGAUAAGUAAUCAAUAAAUGUAAUACAGCAAAUGCACAGCAGUAUGUUGACUGAAUGUCCCAUAAAUUACCUUUUUGUAAAGUGAUGUAUACUAUGUCUCAAGUACUGUUAAUUGAUUUUGCUUGAUCUUAUAAGCAAUGCAGCUUUCAACAUUAAUCAAAGGUGUUUUUUUGGUUUUUUUUUGUUUUUUUUUUUUUUGCGUGUGCUUUUGAAAAAGAAGUCAGUAUUAUCUUAGGAAAAUUGGAUGACACUUAGAAACUAUUUCUGAAAAUGCUGUCUUUUAUUUAAAUGCAAAUUCUUUGUGAUAAAGAACUAGAGAAAUCAAGUGAAGGACUCCAAAACACACUUAUUAGGGGUUUGAAUCAGAUGUUCAGUGAUAUGCUUUUUAUUAUUGAAUUUAAUUUAGUAUUUUCUUGUCCUCCCCAAGCGUUCAGGAAAACUUUAUAGGAUAUAGGUUUAUGUAAACAUGUCUGAGCACUUUCUGAACUAGGAUUCACAAAUUUCACUUCCACAGGUUUUCUGCUGUUAACCACUGUGGAAAAGUUCUGGAGUCACACAAGAGUGAAAGGUCUUUCAGUUCCAUUGCAGUAGUUUAUGAGUUUAAGUGUUGACUGUAGUGUUGCUACUUCCUGGUAUUUGCGAUUUUUUAAAGUUUGAAGUAUAUUAUUCAACAUGGAAACGAAAAAUUCACUUUGAAAAGUGAGGAGACACCUCAGUAGAUGAGUCUCCCCAUUAAAAUUUAAUCUCAUCAAAUGUAUUCAGAGUGCUUUAGUUGUUUGUGGAGUGGAUUGAGCUUGAUACACUUGUGCAAAACUGUUGAUGAAUAAAGAUGCCACAGUAAUUUUUA